UAUACAUAUGUCUGUCUCUCCAAGAUCCGAGCAAAAGCUUACCGGAACAGAUGGCUCGCCGCGACGUUCUCCUCCUCUCUCUCCUCAUCGCCGUCACCUUCGCCGUCGCUUUCGCCGAUGAUCCGGACUGUGUGUACACAUUCUACAUCCGAACAGGAUCGAUCUUCAAGGCAGGGACAGAUUCGAUCAUCAGCGCGCGAAUCUACGACAAGUACGGGGACUACAUCGGAAUCCGAGAUCUGCAGGCGUGGGGAGGCCUGAUGGGUGCGGAUUACAACUACUACGAGAGGAGCAAUCUCGAUAUUUUCAGCGGGAGAGCGCCGUGCCUGCCGAGCCCGGUCUGCGCCCUGAACCUGACCUCCGACGGCUCCGGCGACCACCAUGGAUGGUACGUCAACUACGUGGAGGUCUCGACCGCUGGGGUGCACGCCCAGUGCUCGCAGCAGAGCUUCGAGAUCGAGCAAUGGCUCGCGGUCGAUGUGUCGCCGUACGAGCUCACCGCGGUCCGCAACAACUGCCCGGUGGCCAGCCGGGUCGGGUCAGAUAUCCGGAAGGCUCUCUCUUGGUCCGUGUGAGAUGAAGAUGAUGAUGAUGGAGGAGAAGGAAGAGGUCUGUGUUUGUCGUUUUGUGAUCGGAAUAACGAGUGAUUGAUAAAUAAAACGAUUGGCUGUGCGUCGGUGAGGUUGAGUUGUGGUUAGUGUGUAUCAAUUUGCGAUUAAGAGAUGACCAAUGGUUUGCAUUCUAAGA